CACUGAAACUCAAUGUUUUUUGUUAAUUUUUAAAUUUAAAAUAUUUUUUUGUUAAUCAAACAAAAUGUUAAAACCAGUAGUGUGCAUUUUUCUAUUAUUUUUCACAUUCGUACAAAAAGGUGAUGCCCUGAAUUGUUAUCGAUGCACUAGUAAUCAACCAGGAUGUGGAGCUGACUUCAACUGGCUUUGGUAUGAUUGGUGGGGUGAAACAUGUCCAGAGCACGACGACGAAUGCGUAAAAAUUGUCGAAAGAAAAGGAGCCGAAUCUGUCAUCACAAGGGAGUGCCUUAGUGCGGUCAAAGGAUUCAGAACAGACAUCCCAGCAGACAAGUUUGAAGGCUGCAGACCAGCAGCUGUUGAUGUUCAUUUGGGCCAUUACGUCAACAAUUCAAUUGCUGAAUUGGAUAUUCGCAGGCAAUACUACGACGAAGUGACAUGGUGUUUCUGUUACUUCCACCACAGAUGUAAUUCCGCCACCAGCUUAACACUAUCCUCUUUAGCGAUAGCAAGUGUAGCAGUAUUGAAAACACUCUUUUAACAAAAGUGUGGCUUAAAACACCACUCCGUCCAUUAUUUAUAGAGAAUUUUAUAUAUGAAGUAUUUUAAUGCUAGCAAUAAAGACGAUGCGCUUAAAAUUGCAUUAGACUUGGAUAGCUUAAGUAUAAAACAAAUAGAGACAAUUUUUUUGUAUCUACUUAGGAAGUAACGAGCUUUUAUACAAUGACAUUUACGCAGUUUGUUCGAUUGUCGUAACGUACGAGAUCUGACUUUUAUAUUUUUCUAACACUUAACAUGUUAAUAAAAAAAAAAAAUACGCCUCAAGAACAAAAUAAACGAAUGAAAUUCUUCAACGACA